UGGUACAGCAAGCCGGUGAAAAAUUCUCGGGUUUCUUGCGACCUCUAUUUCAGAUGUCCCGUCUGUUUCUCGCGAGAAGAACAGAGAUAGAGAGAGAGAGAGAUAGACAUGUCUGCAAAUUGGGCAAGCGUUUCCCCUAUUUAAGCGGGCCAAACUCAGCGCUAGGCAGUCUUGUUUCUGAAAACCGCUCCUAGUGUGUGCCAUCAUGAAAGCAGUCCUGGUUCUCGCUGUGUUUUUCGUCAUCGCCAAUUCCGCUCCCCACGGCGCAACUGAGGAGCACCAGCACGAAGGCCACGAAGGUCAUCAUGGCGACCACAUCGACGAGCAUGGGCGCCAUCGCCCACACAAUGGAUCCGUCUGCAAUUUGUCUGAGCAAUCCCUGGCUACAGUUGUUGAAUGUGUAGUACGAAAUGUUACAGAGGAGAUUCUAGGAAAACUGGAACGUGUAAAAGACAGCCUUCAGUGCGACACCAUCCUGUGUGGAAUUAGGAAAACGUGCGACCGAGACGGCACGCUGAACAACCGGACGGACGUUUUCACGCAUCAACAGAACGGCGAGAUUCGCGCUGCGUUCAUGGGAUGCCGGCAUCAACUAGUGGCCACGUCUGAAGAGGCAGUUCAACGUGCUACUGCUGAAGCCUAGAUUUGUAUAUAAAAAUCGAUGAGCGAGCCUUACCUCACUAACGAAUGCAAUAAAAGUGCAAAUUUGUGUCCCUUC